GCACCUCUGAUCUGGCUGCACUUAGUCAAAGCAUAGCGUAAUUAGCGUGACAGUUGGUAAAACUAUUGUAGUCAUUAACAGAAUUCCGUGGAUUUGUCGGUAGCAUUCGAUAAUGAAGUGCAUUUUCUAAUUCGAAACUAGAAAUCGGGAUCGCCGCGAAACUACGAGUCUCAUGAUCUUUAUUCUUCGUUCAAGUUUCCUCGUAGUUGUCUGUUAAAAGUGGAAUAAAUAAAAAUAAAUAGCCGCUCAUCAAAAUGCCUAAUAUUAUAAACGAUAUAAAACUAGAUUUUAAAGACGUUUUAUUACGUCCAAAGAGGAGCACGCUGAAAAGUAGAUCCGAUGUUGAUCUGUAUAGAGAAAUUACAUUUCGUAAUUCAAAACAAACUUACAAGGGAAUACCUGUAAUGGCUUCGAACAUGGAUACAGUAGGAACGUUUGAAAUGGCUAAAGCUCUAUCAAAGCAUGGACUUUUCACAACUGUCCAUAAGUAUUACACGACCGAAGAGUGGACAGAUUUUGCUAGCCAAAACCCUGAAUGUCUCAAAAAUCUAGCUGCCAGUUCUGGUACAGGAAUAGAAGACUUUGAACGGCUGACGAAUAUUCUAGCUGCUGUACCCAAAUUGUCUUUUAUUUGUUUGGACGUUGCUAACGGAUAUUCCCAACAUUUUGUCGAAUACGUUAGAAAAGUUAGAUCCGAAUAUCCCAAUCACACAAUAAUUGCAGGGAAUGUGGUAACUGGAGAAAUGGUAGAAGAACUAAUAUUAUCCGGCGCAGACGUGAUAAAAGUUGGAAUCGGUCCUGGAUCAGUAUGUACAACAAGAAUGAAAACCGGUGUAGGAUAUCCACAAUUGAGUGCUGUAAUCGAAUGUGCGGACGCCGCUCAUGGUUUGAAAGGGCACAUAAUUUCGGACGGCGGCUGCACUUGUCCAGGCGAUUUGGCGAAGGCUUUCGGUGCUGGGGCAGAUUUUGUGAUGGCGGGUGGUAUGUUUGCUGGGCAUGAUGAGUGUGGAGGAGAAAUAAUAGAAAAGAAUGGGAGAAAAUUAAAAUUAUUCUACGGCAUGGCUUCGAGCACGGCGAUGAAGAAGCAUGCCGGAGGUGUUGCUGAAUAUAGAUCUUCAGAAGGUAAAACCGUGGAGGUGCCUUAUAAAGGUCUAGUAGAAAACACUAUUUUAGACAUACUGGGUGGUUUACGUUCUGCGUGCACAUAUACAGGAGCUGAAAGAUUACGCGAAUUGCCGCGCCGUGCUACGUUUAUACGUUGUACACAACAGUUAAAUCCUAUGUAUGGCCCACCGUCUGAAAUUUAAAUUUUUCCCCCAAUAAUUGAAUUUACUGUAGUACAAACUUAGAAAAGUUUUACCUGCUGGGUAGAGUAACGAAUGAUACGUUAUUUGUUGGCAAAUAAUAUUUACACACACAUUUACAAGGCUUUAAUUAACAUAGGUGUAUAUACAUUUUGAUAAUAAUUUUGAAUUACGUUCGAAUAUAUAGUUAGUUAAAAGGAAGCAAUAAAUGCUUAAGGCACAAAUAUAUAUUCUGUAAUUUGUAUUUGCAUUCUUUCUACAUAUAGUACGCUUCACUGUACAUACAUAUAUACGUACAUAUGUAUUAUUAUAUGUAUUUAACAAACAAACAUUACUUGCAUAUAAUAAAAUGCUCAUAAAUGCACUUCGAGAAACAAUCCUAUAAAAUAAAAAUAAAUUUUCUAAUCGAUAUACAUAAUACAAGCCUGACAUAAAAUAUUUAGCUUUUAGUAAGUUGUAUGUACAUAUGUAUAAAGCAAAUUUAUUUAUAAUGCAUUUAGUAUUAUAAAAUAUUUCAAACGGAAUUAAACAUACCUAAAAUAUAUAUGCCAAGCAAAAUGUUAAAAAUAUCCAAAAAUAAUUGAAAAACGAGAACUUUGAAAUUAAUUGAUCAUUAUUUGACAUCUAAUAAAAAUACUUGAUCAAAUGAUUUGUCAAUAAGUAUUCAUACCUUCGUGUCAGAAAGUAAUAAUUUUACAACUUUUUUUUACAAACCCGCAUUUGUUCCUUCAACGAAUCCUGAAGAUAAUCUUUUAUACACAACAGUAAAAACCUUUUUUAUACCUACUACUUAAUUGACUUUCUUCGUUAGAAGCAAUGGAAAUCACCGUUGUUCCUGAAACAUUAUCAUUACUCUUUAUUGAUUGCCAUAAAUCAAAAAAAUAAAGUGUAUGUUAUUUUUAAA